AUGCUUCUCCAACCUUCCCUUCAUCACCACAAGGUCUCUAUAUCAUCAACCAUCUCCUACUCUCACACUCUCCCAUGUAAAAAUCCCAACUUUACCCUCCACCCAACUGUAAACUACAAGAAACUCCCAGUAAUCACAUGCUCAAUAUCACGUAUCCACAAUUAUGGAACAGUGGACUAUGAGAGAAGGCCAAUGAUAAAAUGGAAUGCUAUAUACAGAAGGAUUUCAUUGAUGGAGAAUCCUGAAUUGGGUUCUGGUAGUGUGUUGAAUCAGUGGGAAAAUGAAGGCAAAAGGCUCACAAAAUGGGAACUUUGUAGGGUUGUUAAGGAGUUGAGGAAGUAUAAGAGGUUCCAGCAAGCUCUUGAGGUCUAUGAUUGGAUGAACAAUAGACAAGAGAGGUUUAGAUCAUCGCCAAGUGAUGCUGCUAUUCAGUUAGACCUUAUUGCCAAAGUACGUGGAGUUUCUAGUGCUGAAGUCUUUUUCCUAAGGCUUCCCAACACUUUCAAGGAUAGGAGGAUAUAUGGAGCUUUGCUGAAUGCCUAUGUGCGAAACAGAAUGAGAGAAAAGGCAGAAUCUUUGAUUGAUGAAAUGAGAGAUAAAGGUUAUGUCACGCAUGCACUUCCAUUUAAUGUGAUGAUGACUCUAUAUAUGAACAUCAAGGAGUACGAUAAAGUUGACUUGAUGAUUGCAGAAAUGAAUGAGAAAAACAUUAAGCUUGAUAUAUAUUCGUAUAAUAUCUGGUUAUCAUCUUGUGGAUCACAAGGAUCUGCUGAUAAGAUGGAACAGGUAUUUGAGCAAAUGAAAUCAGAUAGAUCCAUUAACCCUAACUGGACAACUUUUAGCACAAUGGCUACUAUGUACAUUAAGAUGGGACAGUUUGAAAAAGCUGAAGAUUGCUUGAGGAGGGUUGAGAGUAGAAUCACAGGUCGGGAUCGAAUACCUUAUCACUAUCUCCUCUCCCUAUAUGGUAACGUCGGUAACAAAGAAGAGGUCUAUCGUGUAUGGAAUAUCUACAAAUCUAUUUUUCCCAGCAUUCCAAAUUUGGGUUACCAUGCUAUUAUCUCAUCUCUGGUUCGGAUGGAUGACAUUGAGGGAGCAGAAAAGAUUUAUGAGGAAUGGCUAUCAAUUAAGACAUCUUAUGAUCCAAGAAUAGCAAAUCUUUUUAUAUCUGCUUAUGUUUAUCAGGGAAAUUUGGAUAAAGCUGAGAGUGUUUUUGACCAUAUGCUUGAAGAAGGAGGAAAGCCGAAUUCAAAUACAUGGGAAAUUCUUGCUCAAGGGCAUAUUUCAGAAAGGAGAACUUCUGAGGCAUUAUCUUGCUUGAAGGAAGCUUUUGCUACUCCAGGAUCAAAGAGUUGGAAGCCAAAUCCUGCAAAUGUAUCUUCCUUUUUUAAGCUUUGUGAGGAAGAAGGUGACAUGGAAAGUAAGGAAGCUUUAGAGAGUUUUGUGAGGCAGUCAGGACAUCUUAAAGAUAAAGCAUAUGCAUCACUCCUAGGCAUGCCUGUUACUGUUGAUGAGCUAUCAACAAAGGAAGAGAGAACUGACGACCAGAUUGACAAUGAGGAAAAUGAUGAUGAGGAUGGGUCUGAAAUGCUUGUCAGCCAAUUGCAGGAUAGUCUGUGA